AUGGAAGAUGAAGAGGCAGGUCACUGUAUCUUCCAAGACAGACCUCAGACAGAUACUUUACAAAGGAGGUACAAUUUCACUUGUAUUACUAUCUUAUACAAUCUUCUUGUGGUAACAUCCAAAUUUAAGAGCAUUGAUGAACUACCUGAAUGGAAUUUUGAUGGCUCUAGCACUUUUCAGUCCGAAGGCUCUAACAGUGACAUGUACCUUGUUCCUGCUGCUCUGUUCCGAGACCCCUUCCGAAAGGACCCCAACAAACUGGUUUUCUGUGAAGUUUUCAAGUAUAACCGCAAGCCUGCAGAGACCAAUUUGAGGCAUACCUGUAAACGGAUAAUGGAUAUGGUGGCCAACCAGAAACCCUGGUUUGGUAUGGAGCAAGAGUAUACUCUCAUGGGAACAGAUGGACACCCUUUUGGUUGGCCUUCCAAUGGGUUCCCUGGGCCCCAGGGUCCAUAUUACUGCGGCGUGGGAGCUGAUAAAGCCUACGGAAGAGAUAUAGCAGAAGCUCAUUACCGUGCUUGUCUAUAUGCCGGAGUCAAAAUUGCAGGGACAAAUGCUGAAGUAAUGCCAGCUCAGUGGGAGUUCCAGAUAGGACCCUGUGAAGGGAUUGAAAUGGGAGAUCACCUCUGGAUCGCCCGCUUCAUCCUCCAUCGAGUGUGUGAAGAUUUUGGAAUGAUUGUAACGUUUGAUCCCAAACCAAUCCCUGGGAACUGGAAUGGAGCUGGUUGCCAUACUAAAUUCACCUCUCAGAUCCACUUACAGGACCCCUAUACAUCUAAGGAGAAUCAGUAUGGGAAACUCCUGGUUGGAGGAGACAGCUUCAGCAGGACCAGCUCCAAUCACUUUCUCCAAUGCAAAAGGUUGCCUGGCCAUGGACUUCCUUGGACUUCAAUAAAUCCCCCUUUUGUCUCCUGA